UGUUAGCACAGUUCACACCACCGUUAGCUACACGGUCACAUGAUGUCUGUGCUAGUUUAGUUUUUAACUUAAUAUCUUAACUCUUAAUGUUGCCAGCUGGGUGGGUUCGACAUGGACGAGUCGGACACCGCGGCGAUUCUCCCCGAAGAUGUGCUCGACUCACCCGAUCUCAAAGACCACAAGGACGAGGUGGUGGAGGAGGUGGAGGCUGGAGUGCCGACGACCAGCUUCCCACGACCGCCGCGUACAUGCUCCGUGCCGGUGUCCGUGGAGCCAGUGUUGUUCCUAUCCAUGUUCUCCCUGGCCCUGCAGGCUCCUCUGUCCACGCAGUAUCUGUGGGACCGCAUUAGCGAGGACCUCGGCUACAACGGCUCCAAGAGCUCGGGGUGUAGCAACAGCUCAGUCCCGCCGGACCCUCUUCAGAAGGAGGUGGAAACCUUGACAGCCCACUGGAACCUGUACAUCAGCCUGGGAGGCUUUGCUGUCAGCCUGUUGGUGGUGCCCCUCCUGGGCUCAUGGAGCGACCUCGCGGGCCGCAGACCGGUCCUCAUCGUCCCCAACCUUGGCCUCGCGCUGCAGGCGGUGGUUUACCUGGUGGUGAUGUACCUCAAGCUGCCCGUCGCCUGCUUUCUGGUGGGCAGGCUGCUCAGCGGCCUCUCGGGUGAUUUUAAUGCCGUCCUGGCAGGCUGCUUUUCGUAUGUGGCGGACAUCAGUGACAGGCGGUCCCGCACCUUCAGGGUGGCAAUCUUGGAGGCUUGUCUUGGUCUGUCGGGGAUGUUGGCAAGCAUCAUCGGAGGGCAGUGGCGGCGUGCACAAGGUUACAUUAACCCAUUUUGGCUGGUCCUGGCCACCAACUUGGCUGCAGCCCUGUACGCUUACCUGUUUGUCCGGGAAUCUGUCCCGCCAGACCCAAGUGCCAAACUCCUCACGGCUCGCCACCAUAAAGCUGUCUGGCACCUCUACUCAACGGGAGGCACCAGCAGCGAGGCUGGCGGUAGAUUUCACAGGUGUAAGCUGUGGCUCUACACACUGUGCUUCUUUCUGGUGGUGACGGUUCACUUCGGCAGCAGAGACCUGUACGUGUUGUACGAACUGAGCUCACCGCUCUGCUGGGGGCCGGCCCUCAUCGGCUACGGAUCGGCCGCCCACCACCUGGCCUACCUGAGCAGCCUGCUGGGGCUGAAGAUCAUGCAGCUCUGCCUGGAGGACUCCUGGGUGGCUCUCGUGAGUCUGGCGUCCAACAUCGCUGGGCUGGUGGUGUUUUCUGUGGCCAACACCACCCAGCUCAUGUUCACGGGUUACGGUCUGUGUUUCCUCUUCAUAGCUGCGACACCUGUGCUCAGGUCAAAGCUGUCCAAGCUGGUGGACCCAUCAGAGCAAGGAGCUCUGUUCGCCUCUGUUGCUUGUGUGGAGAGCUUGUGUUAUCUGGUGGGCAGCGGUCUCUUCAACUCCAUCUACCCAGCCACCCUGCACUUCAUGAAGGGCUUCCCCUUCCUGUUGGGUGCCAUCAUCCUCUUCAUACCUAUUGGGACAAUUGGGACCUUGCAGUGUUUAGACCAGAGGAGAGGACUCAGAGACUCCCCAGCAUCCUGAUCAGAAGGACAGUUCAGGUGUCCGUCACAGAGCUACAGUUCAUCCCGGUGUCACUCUGUGAGGUGAGCUGCUGAGAAGAUGGGAGACACUUGGAUCUCAACAUCUUAACACAUUCAACUAGCUCUGCAGUGGGAUUCUUCCAGCCAGUCGCACCAAAGAGGUCGAGACUAAAGGGUGAAGAGAGACGUCCUGACUGACAUCACUCCUAAACCUUGUCUGUCUUUAUAAUAACAUAGAAGUUUUCUGGACUUACAAACAGAAAAACAAGUCUUAACAUUUCUAUUUUUUAUUGAUUCAUUUCUUGUCAAUAACAGAACUCCAGGUUUAGGUGUUAAAUAUUGCACACUGCUCCUUCCUCUUCCUCUCACAGCAGAAAAGUAGUAGGAAAAGUACUUUUAACAAUAUUUUUUAAGCUGUGAUAUUGUCAGUAAAUCCUUUGAUAUCGAUAAAAGAUGAGCCAUACAAAGAAGUUGCAGCAGUUUUUACAUAUUUUUGUCACUGAAUCUUGUUAAAAUGCACUAAAGCAUUUUAACAUGACGACUUGAUGAUUGUUUUUGUUAAUCAAUUAAAAAAAGACAAAUAUAGUACAAAGAUAAUGAGUGUAAGAACCUAAAAAGUCGUAAAAUCCUACCGUUUUGAUCCAAGACGAUCUUUUACUGACACAGAAUGAAUGAAGGUGAUCUACUGUAUGUAAAAAGGGACUUAUACAUUUGUAAAUUUUAUAUCUGUUGUAAACUGUGUUGUAUUGUACACAGAAUGUGUAUUAGGACACUUCUGAGGACCUCAUUUAUACCUCUAUGGUCGUUCACAGUAUGAGAUUUAUUACUGGACUGCAAUGCAAUUGCAAUGCAAAAUGUGAUCAAAUAUUUCAAAAACAAAUAAUUUCUGAUUUAUUAUUAUGAGAUGAGAUUUGAAUAAUUCCAGGAAAAAAAUUCACCAGCAACUCUGCAGUGUAAAAAUAAGUUAAAAUGCAUGUUUUCCUUGUUACCUGUUUUCACAUUUGAGUUGGAGAGUCAGUCGUGUUGAGGACUGUCCUGAACCCCUUGGUAAAAGUGUCAGUACUCUACAGGCAGCCAGGCAUUACUGAGUUACAUCUUGACAUGAAGCAGAUCGCAUGGGUCAAGAGCCCCCCCCUCCCACUACUACCACCCCCUUCACCAACACUGGAUAGUCCCAAAGCAGAAACCCACAACCCAACAUGCACACCGGGGUCACGUCCUAGUUGCGCAGUUUGGGAACACGAGCUUCCAAAUCGGCUUUAAAAUGCUCGAAGGGAAGUUAAGAGGUUAAGGGCAGUAUUUACCGAGCUAAUGUGAAUUGAUCUGCAUGAAGAUCGCUGUUGACAGUGGGCUGCGGUUCGCCCGGGAUCAUGUGACCAUUCUUGCGACCACUGCAUUUUCUUGUUGUCAUCGUCUGUUGUGCAAUAUUUGCAAACUGAAAUCGUUUUGAAUUGUUUGUGGGAAAAUAUGGUUUUAUGAAUUAAUGUCAAAAUGAAGAAUUACGCUUUUUUGUACAUGAUUUAUUGUUUUGUCAUUAUGUUUUAAAUAAAUGCAGCAAAUUUUUGGUUCACUCUUUCAGAA